AUGAGUGCUCAAGCAGAAGCAGGUGACGACGUGGACGAGAAGUACACGCCUCCAGUCGGUCACCUCCACUGCCUCACCCGAAACCGCUUUGGUCGCAGGAGUCAAGAGGUGUGCACGAGCGCUCAGAAGAACGUCCCAAUCUUCCCCACUUCUCCCCCUCCUCCUCCCCCGCCUCCUCCUUCUCCCCCCUGUCGUCCAAUCACGACGGAGAGUGCGGAACAUCAAGCUUUGACUCCCGUUGUUGUUGCCGCUGUCGAAAGCGAUCCUCUGACAUCUGUAGCCAAGGUCAGUUAUGCUGGGGUGAGUAGCAUUCCAAACUAA